CUCCUAUAUAACUUUAAGCUUUAGAGAAAUUGUGUAUAACUCUAUAGUUAGCACAAACUCAAUAUCACCACCAUUAAUCUGCAUGAUCAUAUAGCAUUAAGACAACAGGUUAAUUCCAAUACUCGGUCGCCCUCAAACAAUCCAUCAUGGAUCCCAUCGAGGCUCACAGAGUCAGAUACCGGAAGCCCGCCUCACGUAUGACGCUGCUGGCGCACUUGUUUGGUAUAAUUGCAACCGUGCUUCUGAUCGUGUGGCUGCUGCACUAUCGAGAGGGCAUCGACCUUGACUCGGAUAGUUCCAGUCGUGUUUUCAACGUUCACCCCUUUCUUAUGUUCUUCGGGUUUAUUUUUAUGGCUGGUGAAGCAAUGAUGGCGUACAAGACGGUGGUGGCAGAGAGGGAAGUGCAGAAAUUUGUUCACAUGUUCGUUCACUUAGUAGCAAUUGUGUUGGGGAUCGUUGGACUGCAUGCCGCCUUCAAGUUCCAUGAGAGACGCGGCCUAACAAACUUGUAUAGCUUGCAUUCUUGGAUUGGAAUAGGCACCUUCUCCUUGUACUGCUUGCAGUGGUUGAUUGGGUUGAGUGUGUUUCUAUUACCCGGAGCCUCACAUGAUUCGAGGGCACGAGUUGCAUCAUGGCACGUAAGUGGCGGUAGAAUUCUCCUGUUUAUGGCCAUAUGCGCGGCCCUGACAGGGUUGACGGAGAAAGCCACUGUCAUGGGGCUGCAGCAUCAGAGCGAGGCUCGUACAAUCAACUUUCUUGGAUUGUCAGUUCUGCUUUUUGGCAUUUUUGUUGAUCUUUCUGUUUCUCUCGGACGCUACUUAUGAUUUUUUUUCUUUCUAAAUUCUCACAUUAACAGAAUUGACUUUGGAAAAAAUUGUGUUCAACUUCUUGGACAAGGUUCGUUUGGCAGUGUGAUGAUUUGUUGUAGGAACUUGUUUUUGUGUGUUUUACAUGGGAGUUUGCUUUGUAUUCGUACUUGAACAUCGUAUUCUACGAAUAAAUGUACUAAUGAAAAAGUCUA